GGACUAGUUCUUUGAAAAAGAAAUAUUUUACGUAGAAUCUUUUACCUGGUACUCCAGUAGCAGCAAGAAACGCGAACCAGAAUCAAUGAAAAUGUUUUGAGAGUUAUUAUCGAUAGGUUCUCGUAGUAUUAUAAUGAUAAGUUUUUCCUUUCACAUCAGUGUUGACUUUUUCUGUAGGGCUUUGUAGAGAAUUCACUGCUGAAUGUUUUUGGAGAAAAUCCGCUCCGAUCCCAGAAAAACUGACAGAGAUACGUGUAAGCAGCAAAUGUUAUAUAAUGCCUUAUUUGAGUUUCCGAGAAAUUCAUUAGAAUUUCCGGAAACUUCUUCCACUACCUUUCGAUAUAGAUAUAGGAGCCUGUGAAGGUAUAGGAGGUAAUAGAGGUAUAGAAGAUACAAGAAACAUCAAUGAUGUAAGUGAUCAUUCAUGGAGGAAGCUCGGGUAAAAACAAAAAUUUUUUUGGGAAAAACAGUCUGAAAUUUGAGUGCAAUAAUUAUUGUCUCAUUGCUCUUUUGUCUGUUCCACAAUUGAAAACAGUAAUUGUGAACAAUCACAGGAGAGAAGCGCGUUUUCUCGCCUAACUGACCUUUUAUCUUAGUGUCGCAGCGUGGUAGAGGUGUGUAGUGCCUCUCUAAGAACCAGGACCAAUGCUUGUCUCUGUAUACACAAUAAUCGUAACCAUGGUUGUCAUUUAAGCUCAGUUUUCAAUAGAACCUAAAAUUAUAAAAUUCGAGAACUAUGUGCCCUCUUCGCCAAUACCUCGACAUACUAAUUGGACCAUUCCAUGUAAUUUCAUUACUUCCUAUACUUGCAUCAAUCGAAAGGACGAAACAGCUUCCAGAAAUUUAAAUAAGGCACCGAAUCAGAAUCCGACCAUUCUAUAUGUUAUUAUCAAUAGUUCUAUCAUCAUUAUAAUGUCAUAAAUAUCACGAGCUAUUAGAUCUAUAAAGAAGGAAAUCAUGCUUAAAAACAUCAUUAAAACGAUUUUAGUUUCAAAUAUAUCCGAGUAUUUGAAAUAGAGUUGAAAUUUUGCCCUUGAUUUCUUGUCAUUUAUGACUGAAAGCUUAACAAUAUAGUGAGGAAUAAUUCAUGCAUCUACAAUAUAGAUUGCAAACGAAUCGAUAAAAAUACACUCAAUCAAUUGAAACUUGUUCCUUUUCUUUUGAUAAGAGGAAUUUCUUUUACAAAAAUAUCCUUUCGAACGAAUCAAUCAUUUGAACGAAUUAUUUUCAUUUUUUAAAGUUCGUUGUUCCUAAUGAAUUUAUUUCGAUAUAGUUUCAUUCAAAGACACUUAAAAAUGAUUAAUUUCCCGACAAUGCCAAAUUCAGUUUGUGUAUGAAUGGUGCAAAGUAAGUAAUGAUUAUUUUUCUAUUUUAUAAAAUGUUUAUUCUUGAUAUCUCAGAUGGAUGUUUAAAAGCUGAAUUUGAUUCAACAUAUCCAAUUCAUCUACAUGGUAUUAUUAGUCAAAAUGAAUUUCAAGACUCAAUUAAUAACAUAAAUCGUAGAAUUUCAUCUAAUAAAAUUUUAGUUACUGGGGCUAUUGUUUGGGGUUUGAGUACAAUAAGUGGAAUUAUAUUGUUUAUUAUUGAUGGAAUAACAAGUGGUGACUCUCAUGAUGAUGAAUUUCCUGUAUUAGUUGCUGUAGGAUUUGCUUUGUGUGGUAUAGGAAUGAUCGUUUUCGCUCUUGGAUGUUUUAUAACACUAUCUCGACGUGGAACACGCAUGAUAGAAGCAAUUGCUGAAGAAUCAGUAAAAUAUUCAUGA